AAAAAAUUUUAAUUCUUAUAGAAGAAAAUAUUAAAAUUAAAAUAGUAAAUGUUUAAUUUUGGAAUUAAAAAAAAAAAGGAAAGAAAAGGGGAUGUGUCGAUGAUUGAAUGGCUAAACCAUAUUUGAAAAAUUAAGUUAAUCAGUUUCCUCUCUGGAUUCUCGCUGCUCCGUCAAUGGCCACCUCCUCCCAAAUUUCACGACUCUAAUUUAGUUCCCCUCAUGUGUUUGUGUGUGUGAGAGAAAGAGACGAAUCUCAAAAUCUAGUUUCCCUCCUCCAUUGUUCUUCUUCUUCUCAAUCAUCGUCUUCGCGUGCGAGGAAGAAGGAGAGAGCAGGGAGGCAGGGGGGAACAAUUCUCAAAUGUCAACAUUGGACUCGAUGGAUGCGUUUCUCUUCUCUCUCAGCAGAGCCUUCUGCUCCCCUUUCGCCGUCUUCCUUCAGAUCCAGGGAUGUGUUAUAUGCUUACUCCUUGCUCUAGGCUGGUUAAUGGCUGCAUACGUCAGGAACCGAGAGGUUAAGAGAAUCAAAAACAGCGUGAAAGCUGGAAACAGCUUUGCGUUUCUCUAUCAAGAUAUGGAUGAGCUCGAGCACUCUAGGCAGGCUAAACUUCCCAGAGUCUCCGUUAUCAUGCCUCUCAAAGGUUUUGGAGAACACAAUCUGCACAACUGGAGAAGUCAGAUUACCUCUCUCUAUGGUGGACCAUUGGAGUUCCUUUUUGUUGUGGAAAGUACUGAAGACCCUGCUUAUCAUGCUGUUUCUCGUCUCUUAUCUAUGUAUCAGGAUCAUGUUGAAGCUAAGGUUGUUGUUGCUGGUUUAGCAACGACUUGCAGCCAGAAAAUUCAUAAUCAGUUGAUUGGAGCUGAGAAAAUACAUAAAGAUACCAAAUAUGUGUUAUUUUUGGACGAUGAUGUUAGACUGCAUCCUGGAACAGUUGGAGCUCUCACCGCUGAGAUGGAGAAAAAUCCAGAGAUAUUUAUUCAAACUGGGUAUCCUCUAGACUUGCCCUCUGGAACUCUUGGAAGUUAUUGCAUCUAUGAGUACCACAUGCCUUGCUCAAUGGGAUUUGCGACUGGUGGGAGAACAUUCUUUUUGUGGGGAGGGUGCAUGAUGAUGCACGCUGAUGAUUUCAGACAAGAUCGCUAUGGUGUUGUCUCUGGCUUACGUGAUGGUGGAUACUCAGAUGAUAUGACACUUGCCUCUCUAGCAGGUGCUCACAAGAGGCUCAUUACAUCUCCUCCUGUUGCUGUUUUCCCUCAUCCUCUUGCAAGUGAUCUAAGCUUUGGACGGUACUGGAACUACUUGAGAAAGCAAACCUUUGUGCUAGAGUCUUACAUAUCCAACGUUAACUGGAUAAUGAACAAGGUUUUGUUUGCCGUCCACUGUUAUCUAUCAUGGGGUUUUGUUGCACCAUAUGUUAUGGCUGUCAUCCACAUCACAUCAGCUUUGAGAAUCUACAUCAAGGGCUAUCAUCACCUCCAAGACACGACCGUUGCUUCUGGUGGUAUGUCCCUUGUUAUACUGUUGGCGAUCUGCACCUUCAUCGAACUUCUUUCAAUGUGGAAUUUGACAAGAAGAGAAGUGACGCUAUGCAAUCUGUUAUCCCCCGAAGCUCCCCGUCUCUCUCUUGCACCUUACAACUGGGGACUUAUAUUCAUAGCAAUGCUUGUGGACAACUUCCUAUACCCGAUCUCAGCGUUCCGUUCUCACUUUUCUCAAUCCAUAAACUGGUCCGGAAUUAGAUACCACUUGAGAAAUGGAAAGGUUUUCAAGAUUGAGAGAAGGAAUGAUAUGGUACCAGCAAAGACUGAUUUAGGAGGGAAACACUUGUAUGGUAAGAAGGGAGCUCCACAGAAAGCUUCCUUCUUAAGCUCGUUGGGAAGAAAUUUUGCUCACUGGCGACAACCAAAGAAGUUUGAUGUUUAAAAAGUUUGGUUUUGUUUAAUACAGUACAGUAGAGAAGCAAAGUUAUCAUUGAUUCUUUGAUAUGUUUUGUGAUUCUUUUUCCAGCAGGAAGGGGAGGGGAAGAUUUGGUCUUAUGUUUUUUUUUCUUUUUCUUUGGGUACAAAAUGUUUAUUGGUGAAAAAGAAAGGUAUUAUUAUUCCUCGGGAAAAUUUUAAUUUAUUGAUUUCUUUCGGUUUGUUUUA